UUCAUACAUUUUCGGAGCAAUCUUAGAAAUGCAUUUGAUUAAAACCAUCUUAAAUGAACCGAUCCUUCUUAAACGUGACAAAAAAUACUUUUAUUUGUAAAUCUCGGAGGAAUAUGGUAAUGUAAGAACCAAACACUAGAGAAGAAAAAAGCCGCUGUCGAUAAAUUACCACACAUCCUUGAUAAUUUGCCAAUAUCCCUUUGGUAGCGGCAGCCGUGGAUUUGCCUUCUUCGGCCCAGCCUUGAUAUCAGAUCUGAAUUGCCCAACACCAAUGUCGAUUUUAGAUUUGGAGACAAAUGGUGCGAGGUAUCUUUGUUGAUUGUGAUAAUUUUCAAGAAGGACGGGCGCAGCACUGUUUGUUAAUCUCUCUAUUGUGAAAGCGGAACGCGACCGGGCUGUGGUGAAGCCUCCGUCGGAAAGUCCCUGCAGCUGGGACGGAAACUAGUAAAUCGUUUUGUUUUUAUUUCGGACUAGGACAUGACUUGACAAGGCCCAACAGGUCCGAUCCUUAACUAUUUGAAAGUAGCAAUUCUGACCUUGAAAGCUGCCGCACACCGAAGGUUUUGCCUUCGUGCGAACUUGAAAGACGUCCAAUUCUGAGGGUACCAUGGCGGACUCUGAGCAACUGGAAGAAAAGCUUAAGAAACUUAUCGUUCGGCUCCAAAACGUGGAGCAGGGAAAACAAUUAAAUGCUUUGCUUCAGAUUUUGCAAGAUUUAAUUCACCUUACCACCGUUCAAAAUGCCUCAAGCCUAUUCGAAAAUAAGAAUGUCCACAUGCCGCUGUUGGUUGUUCUGGAAUCUUUUGCUGAUGUAUCCAGUAUUCAACAGACAGGUUGGUCUUUAUUUUGUAAACUGGUUGAGCUGUGCCCAGACACAAUUAACAAGUUGGCUGUACCCCAAGAUGUGGGGAAGGACUGGGAUGUUCUUGGUGUGCAUCAACAAAUCCUGAAUUUGUUGUUGAGUUACCGUUUUGAUCCUACCAUACUGCUGAUUGGCUUUAAGGUGUUAAUACUGCUUAUUCAAUCAGAUGAAAUUUCAUUAUUGCUCCAAGAUGAAGAAAUUGAUGUUUUUUCUAUUAUUAUUGAUGGGAUGCGGCAAUUUGACGAACAUUGUGAAAUCCAGAUGCAUGGAUGUCAAGUGUUACACAGACUCUUAGAAAAAGAUGAACAUGUGCUUGAAUUUGUGGAAGUGGGAGAUCACUUAGUCAUUCUUGAAGCCAUAAAAAACUUUUCAGAACAUGAGGGUACAGUUUUGAAUGGUCUAAGGGCUCUGCUUCCCUUGGCUACUUCACAAAAUAAUGUGGAAAUGUUGAUGUCUGGAAAUGAAAAAUGUUACAGUUUGGUAAUGGAUGUAAUGAAAAGAUUUUCCAACAGUGAGGCGAUUCAUGAAAUUGGUUGCUGUUUAUUUCAGAGGUUUGCACUUGAUAAUUUUUAUAGUAUUUUGGUUCUGAAUGGUGCACACAAGAUUGUCAUUGAAGCGGUUGUGAAAUAUCCACUGAAUGGAACUUUACAAGCUGCAGCUCUGAGCAGUAUGGCUCUUUUAACUGAAACAAUAUUCACAAAUAAGGAUCUUGGUGAGCAAAAAGAUGAUCUCUGCUGGCUGGAGGUUUGCUGCAAAGCUUUGGAGUUGUACAAGGGGAAUACAAAGGUCCAGGAAGCAGCUUGUUGGGCUCUGAACAAACUCCUGGUACAUCAGAAUAAUCUUCAUGCAAAAAUUGGAGAUGAAGAAGCAUGUUAUCCCGUUCAUAGACAAGUGAUGGCAGCCAUGUUGUUACACUCCGGAUCGAAGGAAGUAUUUCGAGCAGCUGCAAGUACUCUGGCAACUUUGGCAGAUCAAAGCAUGCAAAUAAGGAAACUCCUGUUGGCCAAAGGGAUACAUAUCAACAUUUUAGAACAAAUGAAAAAGCAUUUGGACUCUAGCGAUGUCUUGGAAAGUGCCUGCAAGUUACUUAAUACACUUUAUCUGGGAAGGAAUUUGAAUCUGGACGUCAGGACCUUAACAUUAUCGAGAAUAGUGAGCACAUUAAAGAACCAUACAAACAAUUGUUCAGUACAGCUUGAGGCUCUUCAGGUUAUAUCACAUAUAACUUGCCCAGUAUCCAAGAUCAAUCGGAAAGAAGAUUUGUUAAAUGUGGAUGUGUUGGAAUCAAUGCAGAAAUUAAUUCAUAAACAAUGCUUGUUGGAGGGUUUACACAAAUUGGUUCUUGAAUCUUUGAACAAGUUCAUUCAGAAUUCAGCAAUCCAACAGUGUGGCCUUCAAGUGUUGUGUUCUAUUACUGAUUGCUCAGACACGAAGGAUCUAACAAAACAUGGGGUUUUGGACACCAUAAUCCAUACUCUGCAAAUGUAUCCAUAUAAAAGAGAAAUUCAGUAUCUGGGACUAAAACUAUUGGAAGUUCUUAUUCCUGAGAAAGAUUUGCCUCAAUCAUUUUUAGUGUCAUUGGCAAGUGUUUUGGUGGAGAUAUUAUACCUAUAUGAAGAGGACACAGAAGUGCAAAUACAGGGUUUUCAAACAGCUUUGUUAUAUUUUGAAGUCAUACCAGCUAUCACUGAAAUUUUCUUCAAGGAAUGCAUUGACACAUUUAUUUUCCAUCAGCUGGCAAAAUGCAAAAACAGACAGCUACAGACCCUCCUUUUCAAGUGCAUCUCCAAGUUGGCUAUUGAUCGUGGAAUACGAAAUCAGAUGCUUGAAAGUGCUUGCUCAGAAAAUAAUAUCAUGAUAGCAAGAUAUUUAAUCAAGUCGAAGGCUGAUGUCAAUCAGAAAUGUAAGAAUGGAUCAUUAAUUUAUCAGGCUUGUAUGAAAAAGAGAAGCCCAUUUUUAGUGGAACUUCUGCUCAACAGUGGAGCACAUGAGCAGGAUAUUCAGAAAGCUUUACAUGUCAGCAUUAAAAUGGGGGAUGACAAAAUCAUAAGCAUGCUAUUAAGAAAACUUGGAUUAGAUCAAAACAAUAAAGCUAUUUGCUUAAGUGGACUUCAUAUGAGGAAGAUUGAAGCUGCUUGGUUGCAUCCACUGUUUCCUGAUGAAAAUGUUCCACAUUCAAAACAACAACCAAUUACUGUUGCUUCCUUUGGACUCUGGCAAAAUGGUACAUCAGAAUCAACAUCUUUGGUAAUGCAGAAUUCAAAUACAAAUUCUGAACUGUGUUACUAUGAGGAAGUAUUGGAUAAAAAUAAUGAUUGUACUCUGUUGUCAAAUGUAUUGGCAACUGAUGGAAAAGAAAAUCUCAUCUUUAACGACUUGGUGAGCGAAGGAAGUGAAGCACUGGCUACGAAUUCAAAUGAUACCAUCUGUUCUGGAACAUACGGCGAAUCCACGGUUAAGUUGAGGCACUACAAUUUAUUGAAUGAACCUAACGAUGUCGAGCUUGCAGUUAACGCAAAUGGGAGAGUGACUUCUCCAAGAUCAGAUGGUGCACCAAAAAGACCCUCGUUUGGAAGUGGACAAGAUGAUUUGUUACACCUUGGCUUUGAAACAGAAUAUAUCAGGUCAUUGGACCUAUCUGAAAAUGAAUUAGACAAUGUAAACUGCAUCAGUGAAAAAUGUAUUGCUGGACAGCUAGCACGACUGCAAAAACUGGAUCUAAGACAUAAUAAUUUGAGGAAUUUCUCACAGGAUUUGUGCUCUGUUCUCAAGUGUCUGACUGAUAUAGACUUGAGCAACAACAAGCUGACCUCUUUUCCUUCGUGCAUACUUGAAAUGCACUUCAUUAAAUUCCUUGAUAUCUCCAGAAAUAUCAUUGGACAUUUUCUGAACAUGAACUGCAAAUGCCCGACCCUGAAAAAAUUAAACUUGUCUCAUAACCAGCUCUCAUCUUUCCCAGCAUGUCUUGCAGAAGCCACAGAGAAACUUGAAGAAUUGUUACUUGUAGGAAACAAAAUUAACACAACCGUGCCUUCAUUAUGUUUGACUGAACUUACGCUACUAGAUCUUAGUCAAAACUGCAUUUCAACUCUAUCGGAUACAUUUAUGACACAAUGCUCAAAGCUGGAAACAUUCAGAGCCUCAGAGAAUCAACUCAGCCUUUUGUUUGGUUUACCAUCGAAAAUUACUACAAUUGAUUUGGCCAGCAAUAAUUUCAGCGGAGUUCCCGAUGCAGUUCUCAAGCUUCAACACUUAAGGAGUGUAAACCUAAGUCACAAUAAGAUUUCACUACUUCCUGGGCCGGUUCAUUGGGAGUCUUCAAGCCUAAGGGAGCUCAUAUUUAGCCAUAAUCAAAUUGGUUCUUUGGAUCUCCAUGAAGGAGUGAGCAAAUGGUCAAGACUAGAAAAGUUGGAUCUUUGUAAUAACAACUUGAAGGAGCUACCUCCUCAGAUUGGCCUGCUAAACAAGGUGACGUCUUUACUCCUGGGUCAUAACUCUGACUUGAGAUCCUUGCCUAAUGAAAUGGGAAAGUUGCAAAAGUUGUGGGAACUUGACUUACAAGGAUUGUCUCUGGAUUUGGACUUGAAACACGUUGGCAGCAAAACAAAAGAUAUAAUCAGAUUUCUGCAUCAGCGUCUGAAGAAAGCUGUGCCUUAUUACAGAAUGAACCUGAUGGUAGUGGGAAAUUCUGGAAGUGGUAAAACCACUUUGCUUCAGCAUCUGAUGAAAUGCAAACGGUCCAAUUCUGAACCAGAGAAAUCUAUGAUUGGAAUUGAUAUUAAGGAGUGGACCAUUCAUGUAAAAGGAAAAAUAGGGAAGAAAAAGGAUUACUUGUUGAAUGUCUGGGAUUUUGCAGGCCAGUUUGAAUUCUACAGCACGUUUCCCCACUUUAUCUCUCAACGAGCCCUCUACCUUGUUGUUUAUGAUCUGAGUAAAGGAGCUGGUGAGAUUGAUGAUAUCAGACAUUGGCUUUUCAACAUUAAGGCCCAUGUUCCGUCUUGUCCUGUAAUUCUUGUUGGAACUCAUAUUGAUGUGACUGAUGAAAAGCAUCGGCAAAGCUGUAUACCCAGAAUUCAGACAGAAUUCAUUCAGCAUCAUAAUUUCCCUUCAAUCCGUGAUUGCCAUUUUGUGGUGGCUACAGAAGAAUCUGAAUCUAUAGCAAAACUGCGAAGAGCUAUUAUUAGCGAAAUACAGACAUUCAAGAUUAAAGACCAGCCUGUAAUGGGCCAGUUGAUCCCUCAGGGAUACUUGGAGCUGGAAAAGAGGAUUAUACAGGAGCGAAAGAGUGUCCUGGCAGAAUUUCCAGUAAUUCAUCAGCAGAGGCUGUUGGAAAUAGUUCAGGAGAAUCAGUUGCAGUUGGAUGAAAAUGAACUGCCCCAUGUUGUUGACUUCCUCAAUGAUUCUGGUGUUCUGCUGCAUUUUCGUGAUCCAGCUCUUCAGUUACAAGAUCUUUAUUUUAUUGAUCCACAAUUGCUGUGUAAAACAAUUGCACAGAUAGAAAAUAGUUUUCCAAAGCACCCUUCUGGCAUUAUUUAUCGAUCUGAUGUUGAGAUAUUUCUCUCACAAGAAAAUGGUCUUCCCCAAAAUUGCCUAUCACAAUACAUCAGGCUUCUGGAAAAAAUUCAAAUUGCAUUGCCUUUAGGAGAGGAACAACUACUGAUUCCAAGCAGCUUGUCUGAUCGGAGACCUGCAAUUGAACUUCCACAUUGUGAAAACUGUGAAUUGAUAGUAAGGCUUUAUGAAAUGCCUUACAUUCCAAUAGGAUUCUGGUCUAGACUUAUCCACAGACUGCUUGAAUUUUCGGGUUGCAUGUUUCGUAGACAAGAUGAAGAGAAGCCUCUCCGUUCCAAUAGGACAUAUUGGCGACAUGGAAUCUAUCUGAUCUGGUCACCCGAAGCCUAUUGUCUUGUAGACUCAGCAGCCUUGAACAAUAAACCAGAGAGUGUUCUCAAAAUAACUGUUCCAUGCUCCAGAAAGGGAUGGAACUAG